AUGCAGGGCCAUGAAUUUGCCAAGUUAGUAGCUGAGGAAUUACUCGAUCGUUUCAUUUCCACAUUCAAAACACCAUCUCUCGUUUCUAAAAAAACUCUCUAUUCGAAUUCAUUCAAAAACAAUACCAUCACAACACCAUCAGGAUUGCCUGGUGGUGGUAGUGGUUCUUCUGGAAAUCAAGUGGCCGAUAAGAAAUCCUCACCACAACCACAAAAUCCACCCAAUUUAUUUGGUGGUGUGAAUUCCAUUGAUUUGAAUGAUUUGGAAACAAGUGUUGAUACCUCACAUCGAUUUGAUCAAAUGAUGAAUGUUGAACAAUUGUCGGUCGAUGAUUUGGAACAGGAUGAGUUUGAUUUUAAUAAUGUGAAUGUGGAUGAAAAGAUUUUUGAGGCCAAGUUGGCUGAAAUUUACUUGGAAUUGGUUUAUCCAAUUAUUGAACAUUGUAAGUGA